GGCCACUUCAUCCCGGGAGCUUACCGCUUUGACGCACUGAUCACCACCUUUGAGAUGAUCCUGUCGGAUUGCCCUGAGCUGAGGGAGAUCCAGUGGCGGUGUGUCAUCAUCGAUGAGGCCCACAGGCUGAAGAACAGGAACUGCAAACUGCUGGAAGGCCUAAAACUCAUGGAUCUGGAACACAAGGUCUUGCUGACUGGGACGCCGUUGCAGAACACAGUGGAGGAGUUAUUCAGCUUGCUGAAUUUCCUGGAGCCAACACAGUUCCCCCUGGAAUCUGCCUUCCUGCAGGAGUUUGGAGAUCUGAAGACAGAGGAGCAGGUAUGUAAGGCAGAAGGCUGCUGCAACUGGCACUCGGCUCAGGGACCGAAGGAACCAUUACUGACGGUCACCCCCGGCUCUCCCUCGCUGUGUCUGCCUGUCUGUCCCUGUUCCAGCUCUGCAUGUUUCUGUCUGCCUUGUGAACACCCUGGCCCUCCCCAGUUCCUGACUCAGUCUGUUCCUCUGCCCCUUACA